AACAUGACCGAGGUGGAACCCGUGCUGGACUUUGCAUCCUCCGGCAGGACGGGCCGGCGCAAUGCCCUGCCCGACAUCCUGGGCUCACCCGCCGGCGUCAGCCCCGCUGACCUGCCCCUCAAACUGGCUGAGAUGUCCCUGAGUGCAGGCAGCGCCCAGGAGAUGCAGUCUCCCUCGGCGGAGGUGCCCCCUCCGCAGCCGCCCAGCCCCGAGCUGAAGGACACGUCCUAACCCCGCCCCGGGGGGACUUUGCUGACCAGCGGAGGGAGGAGGGGGCUGCGGAGCACCAGCCCAGCUUUCCUGGCAUGGCCGGAGUCCGCUGGGAUUUCCUCGGUGCUGCCGCAGCCCAGACCCUCGAGUGCCACCCCCACCACGGGGGAGCAGCGGACGUGGUGGGGGCACGGCGGGGACCUGCCGUGACAAAGGGGCGAUUCCCACCCACGCCCUGGGCCAGGACUCGGAGGGGGGAAUUUUUUUUUGCCUCUCCAGGGGGAGGAAUAUUUUUCUUCUGGGGCAUUUUGGCGGAGCCGAGCGCAGGGGGGUCCCCGGGCGGGGGGGGCCCUCCUGGCCGCAGGAGCAGCCACGGUGUU